UUUAUCUUCUAGCACAGUUGGACUAGUUGACAUUUAAGAAAAAAAGGAUUACAUCACCAAUUACACGUCGUGUUAACGUUUUUUUUCUUAGUCGACCUAUAAAAAAAUGUUGAAUGAGUAAUUCGUUAUAAACUACGGUGUUACGUUAAAAAAAGGACAUUUCUCCCGUGGUGGAGGAAUAUUUUUCGUGCAAAAUUUCCGACACAUAUUAAAACAGCCAUCACGAGCCGCAUGAUGAUAACGAGGCAAUUCUUCAUACUUUAUGUUUUUGCGACAAUCUCUAGCAAGGCCAAGGAAAUCGAUAUUCAAUUCGCCGACGACUAUUACAAAGACAAAGACAUACGCACGAUUGUCGCCUUUGGAUGCUGGAGUCCGGAAGAAUCCAUCCGAGUUUUCCGGAAAAUAUCAUCGCAAAAUACUAGUUUAUUAUUGCUCGGCAUUACUAAUGGCCUGAAUAUGAAAGCAAUUUUGAAGGUGAACUAUUACAAACUCGGCGUUUUCCUCGAUUUAGACUGUCCGGAAAGCGAAAUCAUUUUAGAUCAGUUUAUCGACGAGAAGCUGCCCUUCAAUGAGUCGUUCUUCUGGCUACUAAAAAUAUCUCGUAGUGCAGAAGACGACGACUAUAACGACCGCAAGUUAAUGCCCGUGGACACGCUCGAGCGGUUGCCCCUCAGCGUAAAUGCCGAAUUAACACUUGCGGUGCGCGAGCAAGACCACUUUGAGCUUUACGACGUGUAUAAUCCGAGCUACAGGCACGGCGGAAAGUUAAACGUCACGAGAAUGGGAGCUUGGGACAUUGAGAGCGGUAUGCAUAAUGAACUGACGCAAUACAAGUACAAAAGACGCGGCAAUUUGCAUGGAAUGUAUUUGAAUUUUUCCAUUGUCGUUGAUUUUCCACCGAAAGCAGUGGAUAUGGCGACUUAUUUAAUGGAACCCAUCGACAGACAUUUAGAUACGAUGCAUCGUUACAAUUAUGCUUUGAUUUUGUACCUCAAAGAUUACUACAAUUUUACAAUAAACCUGAUGCGCGGCGAAACAUGGGGUUACCUCAUAAAUGGUACUUUUAAUGGCAUCGUAGGAGAUAUGCUGAAGGGUAUCGUAGAUAUUGGAGCCUCCCCAUUCCAAUUUAAACCCGAAAGAUUAGACGUGAUGGAUUACACUGUACAAGGGUACAUGGCAAGAGCAGUCAUCAUAUUUAGGCAUCCAGAGCGGCAGGAACUGAGCAAUAGUUUUUUCGAGCCAUUCUCACGGAGCGUUUGGAUCUUAACCGUCAUCAUCGGGUUGUUGAAUUGGCUUUUAAUGUACGUGACAAUUAGAUUCGAAAAACACUUUCUGCGUCACGACGAAACUUCGAGUCUGUACACAAAAACCGAAUCCGAGACGUUUCUCAUAACUACCGCGGCAAUUUGUCAACAAGGAUUGAGCGACACUCCUCAAGUGUAUUCUGGGAGGAUCGUAUACGUGUCUCUAUUUCUAUGGGCUCUGCUGCUUUAUCAAUUUUAUUCCGCCAGCAUAGUCGGCUCGCUUCUCGCUGAAAAACCUCGAUUCAUUAAAACCAUCAAAGAUCUUACUUACAGCAAUCUUGAAGUCGGAAUUGAAAACAUGCCCUACAAUCACGACUUUUUUCGGACGACUACCGACAAAACUAUCAUCGAGCUUUUCAACCGUAAAAUUGCUUUAAACAAGAAGCGAAAGAAGUACCCCUAUUACACGGCAGAGGAGGGUCUGAAAAAAGUCCAAGCCGGAGGGUUUGCGUUCCAAGUCGAUCUAGCGACGGCGUAUAAAUUCAUAACCGAAACUUUUAAUGAAAAUGAAAUAUGCGAUUUGCACGAGAUACAACUAUUUGAACCCAAACACACGGCUACUUGCACCAGUAAGCAUUCACCUUUCAAAAAAAUGGUGACUUAUGGGUUACGUCAAGUCGUGGAGCAUGGGAUGACGCGUCGUUUAGAGAAAAUUUGGAAGCACAGGCAACCCGAGUGCCCGGAAAGUCACAAUUCAACUCCAACCCCGGUGAACCUCAAUCAAUUUAGUCCGGCAUUAGUAAUGCUCAGUGCUGCCAUUGCUAUAGCAAUAUUCAUUAUGCUCGUUGAAAAUAUCGUUCGGAAGUACGCCUAUCGGCUGAAUUCUUCAAUUUUGAUUAUGACCAAUGUUUUAAAACAACUAGUUUUAUAUUAUUUUAUUGUAGUUUUGAAAAAAUGCUCAAGUUAUACGAUUCUUCAUCCAGAUUUUGUUAUAGAAUAUUUUCAAGGGAGAAAUAUUGAACAAAUUGUAGUGUUUGCUUGUUGGGCCAAUUACGAUGUAUUCAAUCAUCUGCGGGGUGUUCAGAAAGGAAAUAAAAGAGUUUCAUACAAUGAAAUUCAAGAUGAUAUGAGAAUGGAUAAAAUUUUAAAUGUUAACUACUAUAAAAUUGGAGUGAUUCUUGAUUUGGACUGUGAUGGAGGUUUGAAUACUUUCAAUCAGUUUUCUUCUGCUCGUUUAUCAUUCAACGAAUCUUACAACUGGUUGGCGGUUACUGCAGCCUCAGAAGUACCGAUAAAACAAUUAGAAAAUUUACCUCUCACCAUCGAAUCCGAACUGAGUGUGGCACUUGUGGGUUCAUCUAGUUAUGUUCUCUACGAUGUAUAUAAUCAUGCUUAUCGUCAUGGUGGAUUAAUCAAUGUUACUUCGCUGGGUCAUUGGGAUGCCUCUGAGGGUCUAAAAAACCAAUUAACGCAGUAUAAAUAUACGAGAAGACAGAAUUUUCAUGGAAUACCAUUAAAUUUUUCUUAUGUCCUUAUUAAUAAACCUGAACCUGACCUGGAUACUUACUUAUCGACUCCUAUUAAUCCUCACUUGGAUACUAUGAUACGAUUUCAUUAUGCAUUAAUCAUGCAACUGAAGGAUUUUUACAAUUUUAGCAUCCAUCUUACUAAAGCAAAAACUUGGGGAUAUCUUAUCAAUGGAUCCUUCACUGGAAUCCUUGGUGAAAUGAUUAAUGGCACAGUUGACAUAAGUGUAGCUCCUUUUCAAUAUAAAAUGGAACGACUUGAUGCUUGUGAACAUACUGUAGAAACUUAUGUUGUCAAACCUUGGCUGAUAUUUCGUCACCCUAAAAAGAGUAAUCUGAGGAAUCCAUUUUUAAAACCGUUCCGCCCAAAUGUUUGGUGGUUAACAUUGGCAGUUAGUAUAACCUGUUGGGGUGUAUUACUGAUAAUUGUCAAACUUGAAAUUCAUUACAAAGGAAAACGAGAACAAUCUCUUUACACCGAUGCUCCUUCAGAAACUGCACUUAUCACUUUUGCAGCUGUUUCGCAACAAGGCCUAAGCGAUGGACCGAAAGUAUUUUCUGGACGUAUAGUAUUUAUCACCCUUUUUUUAUGGGCCUUAAUGAUGUAUCAAUUUUAUUCUGCAAGUAUCGUUGGUUCACUUUUAGCACCACCUGCUAGAUUCAUAAAAAACAUGAGAGAUCUAGCAAACAGUGAUUUACAAGUAGAAUCUGAAGAAACUCCCUAUAUACAUGAUUAUUUCAAAACGACCAUUGAUCCAAAUGGAAUAUAUUUAUGGGAGAAAAAACUCAAGCCAAGUCCUAAAAAAAAGACUUGGACAACAACAGCGAAGGAAGGCUUAGAGCGCGUGAAAAAAGGUGGCUGGGCACUUUUUAUUGAUAGUGCUACUGCUUAUAAAAUUAUCGAGGAUACUUUCACGCAAUCUGAGAUUUGCGAUCUAGCGGAGGUCGAACUUGUGUCUCCAAGAUAUGUUACAAUAGUAACUAGUAAACGUUCUCCAUUCAAGAAAAUGGUUAUCUAUGGCUUACGUAAAAUGGUGGAAUCUGGAAUAACAUCUCGCUUGACAAACAUCUGGAAACAUCGCCGUCCUGCAUGUCCUGAAAGUCAUCGUUCAAAACCAGUACCCGUAGGAAUGCAAGAGUUUAGUCCAGCUAUCUUCAUGAUCGCGGGUGGUUUGAUCUUGGCAACUUGUGUGAUGCUGUCUGAAAUUUUGACUUCUAUGCGUCAUAAUAGCAGUCAAAAGUUUUUUUGUUGUAAUAAUGCGAAGUUUGAAGAAACAUCUGAAGAUACUGAAUCUAAUCUAUCAGUGUAA